AUGUUAAAAGCAACGCCCCUUAUCCUCCAACCAACCUACACCAAAUCAACACCCUCAGAAUCCUUCCCAGACCCAGAUAACGGAACAGUAACUUGGCACACUCUAUUCUCAACCCCUCAAACCAACACUUCAGACCUCAGCGCUGGAAUAGCAGUCUGUGCUCCACAAACAGGACACCUCUGCGCGCACCGACACAAACAAGCGGAGGUAUACCACAUCCUAGAGGGGGAGGGGGAAAUGACGAUUGAUGGAGUGAAGAGUGUAGUCAGCAAGGGGAGUACGGUGUUUAUUCCUGGUGAUGCUGAGCAUGGGAUUACGAAUAUUGGCCAAGGGGUGCUGAGAUGGUUUUAUGUUUUCCCUACGGGAUCUUUUGAGGAUGUGGUUUAUCGGUUUAGUAAGGUGGAGAAGGCGAAGCUUUAA